AUCUAUUAUUUGCAGCGCUCUUCCAUCGCACCUGCUCCGCUCACUUGCCCGCCCGUUGAUCGCCCGAUCGCCAAAAUGGGUCACGGAAGCUCGCGAGCCGACGCGUCCGACGACUCCUCCGGCGAUGGCCACGCUCGCCACCAUCACUCCCGCUUCUCCCGGUUCCGGCGGCGCUUCCGGACCAACCGACACGACCACGGCUCCGACCCCCCGCUCGUCAAGAACCUCGCCGCCGACGAUUUCGCAGGGAUCGCCCGCAUCGAGAUCAUCAGCGCGGAGAUGCAGUUCAAGGAUCGGUGGUUCGCCUGCUUGUCGUUGGGAGAGCGUACGUACCGCACGGAGACCUCAGAUCACACUGAGAAGCCCAUCUGGAGAUCAGAAAAGAAACUUGUGUUGGAAAAAGAUGGACCGACUAUUGCUCGUAUAUCAGUAAUUGAGACAAAUAGGUUAUCCAAGAAUAAUCUCGUUGGAUACUGUGAAAUCAAUCUCUUGGAAGUGCUAAGUCAAGAAUCAGAGAACAACAUUGAAGAACUUAGCCUCUUAGACCCAUCUUCAUCAAGUACAACAGUGGGUAGUAUAUCUAUUUUGUGUUAUGUUGAGGAUCCAAUUGAAACAGAAAAAUUCUUCGCACGUCGUAUCUUAUCUGUUGUGGAUUUGAACGGAGAUGGCAAACUAUCAUAUUCUGAAUUUGCCGAAUUGAUCAAUGCAUUUGGCAAUCAAGUGGCUGCUAUCAAGACGGAAGAUCUUUUCAAGCAAGCAGACAAGAAUGGUGAUGGUGUAGUUGACUUGGAUGAGUUAGCAACACUGAUAGCUGUUCAACAAGAAAAUGAACCACUGAUCAAUAACUGCCCUGUAUGUGGUGAGAGUCUUGGAAAGCUUGACAAGUUGAAUGAUAUGAUCCAUAUGACAUUAUGCUUUGAUGAGGGAACUGGAAAUCAGGUUAUGACUGGUGGAUUUCUAACAGAUAAGGAAGCAUCUUAUGGGUGGAUAUUCAAACUUAGUGAGUGGGCCCAUGUUUCAUCAUAUGACAUUGGUCUGCGUUCUGGAUCCAGUGCCUCACAUAUUUUGGUUGUUGAUCGAAGAACAAAGGGAUUGGUUGAAGAAAUAAUAGAUGGAAAGAUAGUUCUGUCCAUGAGAGCAAUAUAUCAAUCAAAAGUAGGCUUGACACUUAUAAAUACAGGAGUUAAGGACCUCUUACAAAACAUCUCAGAGAAGCAGGGGAAGCGGAUGAAUUCACAUGAAUCUGCCAAAGACAUACCAAAGUUCAUUGAAUUCUUUAAAGGUCAACUUAAAAUGGAUGAGGCCAAGUAUCCAAUUGAAUAUUUCAAGACCUUUAACGAGUUCUUUAUACGAGAGUUGAAGCCUGGUGCAAGACCAAUCGCUUACCCUGAACGUGAUGACAUUGCUAUCUGUGCAGCUGAUUGCCGCCUGAUGGCUUUUAAUUCUGCUAAUGAGAGUUUAAGGUUUUGGAUUAAGGGCCGAAAGUUCUCUAUUCAAGGCCUUCUAGGGAAGGAUACAUGCUCUAGUGCCUUUGUUGAUGGAUCUUUAGUGAUUUUUCGACUGGCUCCACAGGAUUACCAUCGUUUCCAUGUUCCUGUCUCUGGUACAAUUGAAAGUUUUGUUGAUAUUCCAGGAUAUUUAUAUACAGUAUGUACAUAUGUUCAUUUCUCAAGUCAAAAUAACUUCCUCUUCUAUUUUAGCUUUAUCUCUUUUAAGGUUAGGCUUUUAAUAAACAGUAUAUACAUGUUUUCUUUUAUCCUGUCAAAAUAUCUUCCUCUAAUUUCUUUAGCUUUUGUCUCUUUUAACCUUAUCAUUAAGAACUGUUUGAUCCUAAUUUGUGAUUUUCUGAUGAAGGUGAACCCAAUUGCUGUAAACAGUAAGUACUGUAAUGUUUUCACCGAGAACAAACGAGUUGUAUCUAUCAUCUCAACCUCAGAAUUUGGGAAGGUGGCAUUUGUUGCAAUUGGAGCUACAAUGGUAGGAAGCAUUACCUUUACAAAGAAUGAGGGUGACUAUGUCCAUAAAGGAGAUGAGUUUGGGUAUUUUUCAUUUGGUGGAAGCACUGUGAUAUGUGUCUUCGAAAAGGACGCCAUUCAGAUAGACGAGGACCUUCUUUCAAACAGUGAAAGAUCACUCGAGACUCUAGUUUCUGUAGGUAUGAGAUUAGGCAUCUCCAAAAGGUCCGGAAGAACAGAUGAACCGCCAAAUAUGGAAACAUGCAAGUUAGAAGCAUGAAGGUGCGUACGCUGCGGAAGACUACAAUGUUGUGUUUGACAUCGCUUCUCUUUAACAUAAGUGAUUUUUAAAACAAGUGUAUGAAAAUAAUUACAUGUUUGUUAAUAUGUUUGGUUGCAUAAAGCUGCAUUAACUUCAAAAAUAUUGAUUCUAAAAGUAAUCUUUUCACGAA